CUGACAGCUGAGGACUGAGCCGCUAUUUAUAUCUCCUGUCACUCAACCAGACACACAGAACCUUCCUCAGUCGAACCUUCUGGACGUGAGAGCUGGACCCUAAGACAACUGACAGAGAAGAGGAAGAGAAGAGAAGAGGAGAAGAAGAGGAGAAGAAGAGGAAGAGAAGAGAAGAAGAAGAGGAGAAGAAGAAGAGGAGGCAACAUGACGCUGCUCUGCUACAACAAAGGCUGUGGACAGAAAUAUGAAGCUGACAAGAACAAGGAGGAUUCCUGCCUCUUCCAUCCUGGAAUCCCGAUCUUCCACGACGCCCUGAAGGGUUGGUCCUGCUGCAGGAAGAGGACGACGGACUUCUCAGAGUUUCUCUCCAUCAAGGGCUGCACCCACGGGCGCCACAGCGACCAGAAGCCCCAUGAGCCUUUGCGGCCCGAGGUCUCGUCCGACAAGACGGAGACGAAACAAACCAACGGUCCCGAGAUCAUCUACCAGGGACCCAAGUCUGCAGAGGCGCUGCAGAAGGAGCGACCCAGCUCCGACGAGCACCGGACCCGACUUCCUCAGAACGUGUCGCUGUCGCUCGCUCAGAUUCUGGAGAAACUGGAGAUCAGCAACCGAGCGGAGAAGGAGCAGAAAGAGAAUCAGGCCGUGAUGUCGGGAACCAGGUGCAAGAACUCGGGAUGUAAAUCAGUGUACCAGGGCCCAGAGACGGACGAGGAGAUCUGCUCCCACCACCCCGGAGCCCCCGUCUUCCACGAGGGGUACAAGUACUGGAGCUGCUGCUGCAUCCGGACGAUGGACUUCAACGCCUUCCUGGACCAGAAGGGCUGCGACACCGGCAAACAUCGCUGGAUCCCCAGACAGGACAAGAAGAAGGUGGCGUGUCGACACGACUGGCAUCAGACUGGAAACAAUGUCGUUCUGACAAUUUACGCCAAGAACACAAACCCUCAACUGUCCUGCGUCGACGCCAACCGCACGCUGCUCUCGUGUCAAAUCCAGUUUGAGAACGACAAGAUAUUCAAGAGAGACUUCCACCUGUGGGGGGUGAUCGACGUGACGCGGAGCUGCGUCAACAUGGUCCCGUCCAAAGUGGAGGUUUCCAUGCGGAAGGCCGACCAGGUGUCCUGGGGCAAACUGGAGGAUCCCAACUACCAACCGGAGCCCGAGCCCGUCGACGCCAGCGAGGCGACGCCGCGGCCCGACUGGGACAUCGACGACGACGACAUCAGCGACUCGGACGAGGAGUGGGCGUACGACACGGCGGAGAACAAACAGCAGGAGAAGGUCGGAGACGAGAAGAAGGAGCAGGAAGAGAAGCAGAACCUGCAGAGGAAGGAAGUGGAGGAGGAGAUGAAGAGGGCGAUGGAGGAGAGGAGGAAGGAGGAGGAGGAGAAGAAGAAGAGGCAGGAGGAAGCGGAGGGAUUCGAAGACAUGCCGGACCUGGAGUGAAACGAGCAAACAACACUGUCACUACUGUCACCAGUCAGAUUCCACUGGAAACAAGAAAUAAAGACUUGGAUUUCUGUUCUUCAUCUGACGAGUUCAAGAGUCCGUAUGUUUAGACAAUGUGACAAUGUUCUCGUGUGUGAAAAGCUCCAGAGCCUCUCGUGUGACAGACUCGUCUGUUUGAUGUGUGAUGUUCAACUGAGGAGGAGAAACCUCCAGUCGUGAAACUACAGGGACUCAAGACGACCGACGGACGGACGGACCGAUGGACGGACCCAAGGACGGACCGACCGACCGACCGACGGACGGACUGACACAACUCCCUCCUGAAGUUCACCACAUUGACGAUUCAACUCUGAAUUCUUUGACAAUGUUUUAUUGUUUGCUCUCGUUCAUCUACAUCCAUGAAUUAUUCUCUGUGACUCAUCAACAUGUUGAACAUGAUAAAGACACCAAACAUCCCUG